GAGCCGGAACAUCACUAAGAGAGAGAGAGAGAGAGAGAGAGAGAGAGAGAGAGAUGUGGCUUUGACAGUGGUCAUGAGUUAUGUAGCCAGAGACAACACAGUUACUGUCUGAAUUUAUGCCAGUGAGCUGGAGUUAGCUGCACUAGCACAAAAGCCUCACCUGACGUUUCAUCAUGGCCGAAGUGGACGAGAGUCAGUUUUCUCUCAUGAGUCUGGAGGAUGAGCUGACCUGCAGCAUCUGUCUGAGUACCUUUGACUGUCCGGUGACCAUCCCCUGCGGACACAACUUCUGUCAGGACUGCCUCCUGGCCACCUGGAAGGACUCCUACAGCUGUCCUCAGUGUCGGACCCACUUCGCCACCAAACCGGAGCUGAAAAACACGGUCCUCAGCACCGUCGUGGAGACCUUCAACUUGAGGUCGACCAAGAGCGAGGCCCGCCUGACAGCAGAGGAGAGCAAAGCCGAGAAAGAGGAUGUCAUACGCUGCGAUACAUGUAUGGAAGCAGAGGCGUCCCAGACCUGCCUCACCUGCAUGGCCUCUUUCUGUGAGGAGCACCUGCGGCCUCACCGGGAAAACCCAAACUUUAGUCUCCACCAGCUGAGUGAGCCUGUAGGCGACCUUUCGGAGCGUAUCUGCUCGGACCACCACAAGCUGAUGGAGCUCUUCUGCACCCAACAUGGCCGCCCAAUCUGCAGCUUCUGCCUCCAGCAAGUCCACAAAGGCUGCCCCUUCGUGGCUCCUGAGGAGCAGAGGAACCUGAAAGAGUACGACCUCAGAGACAAGUUGGGUUUGCUGGACGGGAAGAUUGAGAAGACAAAGACUGUUAUGUUGCAAAUGAAUGACACGCAGAGCAAGCUGAAGGACACAGCAACCAAAAAGAAGACAGCAUUGGCAGCUGUGUAUCAGCAGAUGCGGGAUAUGUUGGCCCAAGAGGAACUCAAGGCCCAACAUGAGGUGGACUGCGAGCUGGAGACUGGCCAGACGAAACUGCAGGACCUCAUGAAGAAGUUAAUUGAGAAUUCUGAGAAGAUGAGAAAAGCCAGAGAAGAUCUAGACAGUCUGCUGAGUCAAUCCCAUACCCUGGCCUUUCUACAGGCUUCAUUUAACUUGCCUAAGGCUAUAAAGUUUGACCCUUACACCCCUCGAAUCAGCCUGGACUCCAAGAAGGUGACAGCAACACAGGGCUUUGCUGCUGCCCUGAAGGAGCAUCUGACAGAGAUCCUUAAACAGCCUGUUGAGGCCAGACUACCGAUACUUAAACCAGGUGAAUGUGCAGAACUUAACACUGGCAUUGUUGCAUCUGAUGAAAAAGCAGUUCCUGUCUCAGGACCUGCAAAUACUGGAAAUACUGGAUCUCAGCCGAAAUCUGAACUAUCAGAGCCCCAAAAGCAGAAAAAAACGCGCAGGUCCCACAGUCCAGGUCGUCCACCCAUCCAGCCAUACUUCCAAGCAGUUCCUGUACGUAAUCCCUAUAUGGGACCACAUGGAGGCUGGAAUCUAUCCCAGCAUCCACAGGAGCCGCAGUGGCUGCCAGGGAAUCUAUUUCCCAGUCCCCACGAUCCAGGUUCAGGUUCUCAACCCAAAGGCCCAAAGAAGAGAGCUCAAAAAACUUCGGACAUUCCCCCAAACAUAACAUCUGCUGAAAAAAGAACCGAACUUCUGAAAUAUGGCACGGUACUCACUUUGGAUCCAAAGACGGCCCACAAACGCAUCGCACUGAGUGAGGGCUUCACUAAAGCCUCUAUUUCAGAUGAACACACAAACUACCCCGACUGCCCUGAACGCUUCGCUGUCUGCUCCCAGGUGCUCGCCUCCAAGGGUUUCUCUAGAGGGCGCCACUACUGGGAAGUCCGACUGAGCAGCAGCAACUUCAUUGGCAUUGGCUUGGCUUACAGCAGCAUUGACCGCAAAGGUCCCACCAGUCGACUGGGCCGCAACGCCCAGUCCUGGUGUGUCGAGUGGUUUAACAUUAAGCUGUCGGCUUGGUAUAAUAGCAGUGAGACCGUGCUGGUCAAUCUCAAUCCAAAGCGCAUAGGUGUGCUGUUGGAUUGCGAGGAGGGCACUGCUACGUUCUAUAACGUGGCAGACCGGGUAUAUCCCUUCCACUCCUUUGUGUUCCCUUUUGCUGAAGCUGUGUAUCCAGCUUUCUGGAUUUUCUCAAGUGGCUCGUCCAUUUCUUUGUGCAAGCUGCAGGCAUGAGGAGCAUAUGCAUAUAAAUGGCAUAUGCAGGCACACACCUACACACAGUCAGCCCUUUGUUCUAAUUAUUGUCAUUAAUAAUGGAAAAGAAUACUAUGCUAGUUGUAUUUAUAAAGCCAGUCUUGAAUAUUUGUGACAGCAAAAGUUUAAAAAUAUUUAAUAUACCCAACAUUGGCUAAAAAAAAUGUUUCACAUCAAGAGGCUGACCAGUUAUACCCCCCAGCUAACAGCUAACAGUAUGUCAGUACAGUGUUUGCCGUUAAGGUUAUGGGGCUGGGCGAUAUGGCAAAAAUGUUAUCAAGAUAUUUUUUCAUAUCAGUCGUUAAGUCAUGAUAUGAAUAAUUUCUGGUGACCUUAAAGAUUCCCUUAAGCUUAAAUAGUCUCUAAUAGUAGAUUCAGAUUGUACAAAUGACUAAGAACUGUUUGGGCUGCAAACAGAAAAACAGUUUAAAUUCUUGUCAGUAUAAAUUCCACAUGUAAAGUCCUUGUCACUGUUGAGAUGUCACUUUCUUUACUGACACUCAAAAGUUUCCUCUGAAGGAGUGCUCAUGUAUUCCAUUUAUCCAUCCAACUUUUGAUACCAAAACAAUAGCAUGCAGUGUGUUUAGCUAACUCAACCAAUGCUGUUGAAAUGGGUUGUCCAUUCCUAGAAGAUUGCCAUGUGAUUGGCUUUAAAUAGAUUUGUAGAUGUGAUUGGCUUUUCAUUGUACACAAGCAGUGUAUCCUACAGACAGUGGAUUGAAGCUUCUCAUUUUCAUAUCAUGGGAAUUUUUUUUUAUCGAGAUAAGUGAAUAUAUCGUUUGUAUCACCCAGCCCCAUAUGGACACUUCCUAAACUCUUUGAUGGAUUCGGCUGAUGAGAACAGAAGUCAUACAGGCUCUGUUCUGACAGUCUCUCUUUUUUCCUUUUGAUUAUUUUUUAUGGCAUUUUGCCUUUUACUGGUGGACGUUGAGCCAGGAAAUAAUGGGGAGAGAGAGAAAAGGAUGACAUGCAUCUGGAUGGAUGCCAUAUCUGUGGUGGUUUUAUUCAGUGUACCCAACAGGAGAUGCAUGGACUAAAUAUGAAUAUAUUUAUGUGAUUGUCUUAAAAUUAAAAAAUAUAUUUUUUCUAUUACAUUUGAAUCAUAAAUUAAACCAGUGAUUGUUAUUAAUAAAAUAUGUUUUUCUCUCUCA